UCAUAUGAUAAGAGACACUGAAGUGACUACUAUUGCAGCCUCGUGUUCCUCGUCCUACUUCAAUCAUUCAUCACAGCCAGAUAACACAAACUUGCUCAGGCACUACUUGACAACCUUUGUGUCAUGGAUAUCGAGAGCCUUGUUGGUCGUCUAGCCAGGAGAAACGCGUUCCUCAUUCGUCUUGUUCGUUGGUACCGACAAUUGUAUCCCACGCGACCUCACGGGUUCACCAUCAAUGCGUUCAUCGUCGACGGAGUUACGCAGCCUGUUCCGGCACCAUACUUUCCCAAACUUCUCGGUAGUUGGCGUCUUAUGGCCUGCCUCAUAUUCUGCAACUCGAUUGCCGUCUAUUCCUUCAUCUUCUACUCUGUCUGGUUCAGUCCUAGCCUAGUCAUCAUCUCCGUUGUAAUGGUUCAGAUCAUUGCCUUCAUCUUCAGGACACUUGGGAUAGGAAGUGGCACUUUCACAAUCGGAUCCUUGCUUUCUAGUGUUGGCCAUUACUACGCCGCAAGUUGUCUAGUCAUCGUGUCGAAGGUCUCUUCAUUUUGGCCUUCCAUCAGGUCAUACUUCUGGUUCACCUACUGCCUGUUCGCCAUUCGUCGACGACGUUUCUCUCGAGACUAUCAUGAAGCUUGGAGACUGAAGCACUGGGCACUUCAUCCCCGUCUUCAUCGGACCGUCCGACUGCGUCCGAGCUCGGCUUCUAGGUCCCGACGAACCCGAUCACUGACGAUGUUACAAGGGACCAAUAGUGUCUGUCUUCGACGUUCCCCAGCGCAUCUUGAGGCUAGUAGAGAACGACACUCCUACCAGAAUACCGGCUGGACAUGAUCCUCGGACGAAUAUACGGGAGCUGCGACGCACUUCUGUCUACCGGGGUCUUGCCCAAGCAGACUCGCUAAAGGGUUGAAGGUUUGUAGUCGGAUGGGAUGCCACUCUCAUUUCGAUAGUCGUUCUGCUGCCGACCAUUAUCAGCAUUGCCACC